AUGGUUUUGAAGCAAUGUCGCAAGAAAAUCGAAAGAACUCGAGCUGAGAGUGUUUUGCUACAAAUUCUCAUGGACCUUCCCAAUAGGGAUCGGGUUUUCUCAGGAUCGUUCUCAUGCUUAACUGCUAUCAUUCUUCUAUUAUGGAGUGUCCUGACUCUAAUAGAAGCUGGUGGGAAUGAGACCGAUCGACUUGCUUUGCUGGAAUUCAAGGCCCACAUAACCGAUCCUGGCAAGGUUUUGAGCUCGUGGAAUGAUACUAGCCACUUCUGCGAGUGGCACGGUGUAACAUGCGGCCAUAGACACCGAAGAGUUACCAUAUUGGACCUUCGCUCCACGAAUCUAGCCGGGAUCGUGCCGCCCCAUAUUGGUAAUUUGAGCUUUCUGAGGGAAGUCAAUCUGGAGAACAACAGUUUCCUCUCCAAAAUUCCCUCGCAAUUCGGCCACUUGUUUCGGUUGCAGCAGUUGUUCCUUAAUAACAACUCGUUCAGUGGACAAAUCCCUUCAAAUCUCUCUCAUUGCUCUGAUUUGCUCACUCUUGACAUAGGCUUCAACAUGCUCCAAGGAAAUUUGCCUGCGGAACUUGGCUCCUUGUCCAAGCUCCAAGUACUUGUACUUCAAUCCAACAGUUUGGCGGGAAACAUUCCACCAUCUUUUGGAAACUUAUCCUCUCUUCAAGUCUGCGCAAUAGCGUCCAUUAACCUCCUCAGUGGUACAAUACCGGAGACUCUCGGCCAGCUGAGAAAUCUAGACAUCCUUGCUCUUGGCGGGAAUAAUUUUGUCGGUAAGAUUCCUAUCUCAAUUUUCAAUAUAUCUACCUUGACAAUCCUUGAUGUGACUGAAAAUCAAUUAGAGGGGGGUUUGCCCAGCAACUUAGGCUUCACUCUUCCGAAUCUCGAGCUAAUAGGUUUGAGUUUCAACCACCUUACCAGACCAAUUCCUGAGUCAAUAUCCAAUGCCUCUAAUCUUGCUCAUUUUGAAAACGGGUGGAACAAAUUUACAGGGAAAGUUCCUUCUUUCUCAAAGAUGAGAGGACUCUCUAAGUUUGCCAUUGACUAUAACAACUUAGGAAGUGGGCAAUUUGCUAAUUUGGACUUCCUCUGCUCUUUAACCAAUUCCACAAACUUAAGAAUAUUGGGUAUACAGAACAAUGCUUUUGGAGGACCAAUACCUGACUGUAUCGGUAACCUCUCUAUCACCCUUUCGCUAUUUGGGAUAGAGGACAAUGAUAUUUCUGGAACCUUACCUUCUGGAAUCGGAAAUCUCAUCGAUUUAGAAUUGCUGCACAUGGGGGGCAACGACAUCUCUGGAGACAUUCCUUCCGAGAUAGGGAAUAUGAACAAAUUGAAGUUUAUGGAUUUCAGCCAAAAUGAAUUAUUUGGCCAUAUACCAGUAUCCAUCGGGAAUUUGAAGAUGUUAACCAAAUUGGUCCUGUAUGGCAAUAAUCUCACGAGCUCCAUACCAUCGUCUCUAGGAAACUGCCAGAAUCUACUUCUCUUAGACCUUUCGUACAAUGGUCUCAGCGGUAACAUACCCCCGGAGAUUGUGAGCCUAUCAUCUUUGUCGAUUUAUCUCAACUUGUCUCAAAAUAAUCUUACCGGCUCCCUUCCGGAAGAAAUUGAAAAAUUGCAAAAUCUUGGUGAGUUACGUGUUGACGGGAACAGAUUAUAUCAACAGAUCCCGAGCACUAUCAGUAGUUGUAUAAGCAUGGAACGCCUAUAUUUACAAGAUAACUUUUUUGAAGGGUCCCUACCAUCAACUAUGAGUUCCAUGAGAGGCCUUCGAGUUUUGAAUGUUUCCAACAACCGAUUGUCAAGUCAAAUCCCAAAAUAUCUAGAAUCGCUAAAUCUGACAAAUUUGAGCCUAUCUUCCAAUGAUUUCGAGGGUGCAUUACCUACAGGAGGAGUUUUUAGAAGUGCCAUUUCAACUUCAGUUGUUGGAAACAGAAAGCUUUGUGGGGGUCUGCCAGAUUUUCGACUACCCAGUUGCGACUACAAAGAGUCAAAACGAGCGAGAAUAAGUGGAACUGCAAAAGUUCUGGUAUCCACAAUCUCUACUUUUGUAGGAAUAUCUUGCAUGCUCUAUUUGAUAUACUUAUUCGGGUAUAGACACAAAAAGAACACAUCAGCUUCAAGCUCUUCUAAAGAAGGGCUUUUGCAUGUUUCUUAUAAUAGUCUACUGAGAGCGACAGGUGGAUUCUCCUCCAUCAAUCUACUCGGUGUAGGUAGUUUUGGAUCUGUGUAUAGAGGGCUUCUUGAUCAGACUCAAUCGGUAGUGGCCAUCAAGAUUCUCAACCUUACCCGUCACGGAGCUUCCAAGAGCUUCAUAGCAGAGUGUGGGGCCCUGAGAAGAAUCCGACACCGUAAUCUCGUGAAGUUACUUACAGCAUGUUCUGGGUUUGAUCAUAAUGGAAAAGAUUUCAAGGCACUGGUCUAUGAGUUCAUGUCGAACGGGAGCUUGGAUGAAUGGUUGCACCCAACUGCAUCGCAAUAUACAGAGAGAAGCAAGUUGAGUCUACUUGAGAGAAUGAAUAUUGCAAUUGAUGUUGCCUGUGCACUAGAUUAUCUCCACCAUCACUGUGAAACGCCAAUAGUUCAUUGUGACGUAAAGCCUAGCAAUGUACUUCUUGAUGAUGAAAUGACUGGACAUGUAGGCGAUUUCGGGCUUGCUAGGUUCCUUCCAGAAGCAACACAUAAGCUACUAGUCGAUCAAUCGAGCUCUGUCGGGGUAAAAGGAUCUUUUGGCUACGUAGCUCCAGAGUACGGCUUAGGUAGUGCGGUAUCCACAGAAGGAGAUGUGUACAGCUUUGGAGUCCUUGUUUUGGAGAUGUUCACAGGCAAGAGGCCGACCGAUGACAUGCUUGAAAAUGGGCUGAACCUUCAUCGUUUCGCAAAGGCAUCUCUGACUGACCAAGUGGAAAAGGUAAUCGAUCCCAUUCUACUCCAUGAAAAUCAGGAAUCGGAGAAGAGACGAACCGUCGCUCCGGAUGGCAAGAACAAAAGCUCGUUUACUACUCUGGAGUGUUUGGCUUCGGUCAUCGAAAUAGGGGUCACUUGCUCUUCUGAGUCUCCAAGGGAACGAAUGGACAUAGGCGAUGCAUUGACUAAACUCCAAGGAAUCAAGAAGAAACUUCUUGAGUUCAUCGUCAUUGCCUAG